AUGGGAAACGAAGGAAUGUUCGGUGCUAAUCUCGUAUUACUGUUCUUCAUCAUCGGCGUCAACUCGCAAUCGUACACGUUCCCAAUUGUUCAACCAAAUUUCGGCUCCGUCUACCAACAAGAUAACAGCAUUUAUCAGCAGCGAUUCCCAUACAUUCCACAAAACCGAUAUCAAUUCAAUCCGGUGGCUGGCAUUCGUGUUCAACAACACGACGCUCCGAAUCGAAUGCGAUUUUCUGGCUCGUUGCCAAUGAAUCCCAAUGAGUAUCAAGUCGACCAGAAGCCGCCACAGGGACCAACUCGAAUCAUUCCGCCGUUCUUGAAGACAGCGAGUCAGACUCAGCAGGAUAAGUUCUACGCAAUUGUUCAACAUCCAGUUUGGACGGGAGCCGAGAAAAACGCGAAAAUCGAGGAGCUAAUGAGAGAAAUGUCAACCGAGAAUCAAGACUCAUUUUCGACAUGGAAACGAGAAACUCGCGGAGACGUCGAGGCGAAACGACGCAAAGUUGAUGAGGCUGUCAGUGGAAUGAGCAAAGAUGCAUUCGAUCAAUUCCAGAAGGUCGUCUCAAUAAUGCGGGAUCCGAGCAUCACCGAAGGAGCUCGUCUGUCAAAAAUCGAAGAAAUUUACUCAAAAUUGCCAGAAAGUGUGAAAAAAGAAUUCGACGCCAAAUUCCAGGGCCUCUAA